AUGGCUGCAGCUGCAACUAUGAUAGGAGGUGCUUUUCUCUCUGCAACUGUUCAAUCCUUAGUUGAGAAACUUGCCUCAACAGAGUUUCUUGAUUACAUCCGAAACACCAAGCUGGAUGUCUUCCUCUUGAGAAAGUUACAAACAACCUUGCUCACUCUUCAGGCUGUGCUGGAUGAUGCAGAAGAAAGGCAGAUCAACAAUCUUGCUGUCAAAAAAUGGCUAGAUGACUUGAAAGAUGUUGUCUUAGAUGCUGAGGAUUUGGUCAAUCAAAUAAGUUAUGAUUCCCUUCGAUGCAAGAUGGAGAAUACACAAGCUGGAAGCAAAACUAAUCAGGUUUGGAACUUUCUUUCCUCUCCUUUUAAAAACUUCAAUAGAGAUAUCAAUUCCCAAUUGAAGAUCAUGUGUGAAACCCUUGAACCUUUUGCACAACACAAAGAUACCCUUGGAUUGCAAACAAAAAGUGCUAGAGUUUCUCGAAGACCGCCUUCAAGUUCAGGGGUUAAUGAAUCUGUCAUGGUUGGUAGGAGUGAUGAUAAAAAUAUAAUCAUCAAUAUGCUUGUAUCAGACUGCGGCACUAGCAAAAAUAAUAAUUUAGGCGUUGUUGCAAUUUUGGGCAUGGGAGGUGUCGGAAAAACGACCCUUGCACAACUUGUUUACAAUGAUGAAAAAGUUGAAGAAUAUUUUGAUUUCAAAGUCUGGGUUUGUGUAUCAGAGGACUUCGAUGUUGUGAGAGUAACCAAGUCUCUCCUUGAAUCAGUUGUUAGAAAUACACCAUCUGCUACUUCAAAGGUUUGGGAAAGCGAUAAUCUUGAUAUUCUGCGAGUUGAAUUAAAGAAAAAUUCAAGGGAGAAAAGAUUUUUAUUUGUGUUGGAUGACCUGUGGAAUGACAACUACAAUGAUUGGGAUGAGCUAGUGAGUCCCCUCAUUGAUGGAAAACCUGGAAGUUCAGUGAUUAUAACAACACGCCAAGAAAAAGUUGCAGAGAUGGCAAAGACAUUUCCAAUUUAUAAAUUAUACCCUCUGUCACAUGAAGAUUGUUGGUCUAUACUCUCAAAACAUGCAUUGGAAAAUGAUGAAUAUCACGACAGUAAAAACAUAGCCCUUGAAGAGAUUGGUAGGAAGAUUGCAAGAAAGUGUGGUGGAUUGCCAAUAGCUGCUAAAACACUGGGAGGACUUCUACGUUCAAGAGUAGACACAACCGAAUGGACUGCAAUUUUGAAUAGCGAUGUAUGGAACUUACCGAAUGAUAACAUUAUGCCGGCUUUGCAUUUAAGUUACCAAUAUCUUCCGACUCAUUUGAAAAGAUGUUUUGCAUAUUGUUCAAUUUUUCCAAAGGAUUAUCCACUUGAUAGGAAAACAUUGAUUUUGUUGUGGAUGGCAGAGGGCUUCCUAGAUUGUUCUCACGGGGGAAAAUUGGUAGAGGAAGUAGGUGAUGAUUGCUUUGCUGAAUUGUUGUCUAGAUCCUUAAUUCAACAAUCAAAUGAUGGUGCUCGUGGCAAAUUGUUUUACAUGCAUGACCUUAUCAACGAUUUAGCUACAUCAGUAUCUGGAAAAAUUUGUUGUAGGUCUGAAUUUGGUGACAUCCCUCAAAACGUUCGUCAUUUAUCAUAUAUUCAAGAAGAGUAUGAUAUUUUCGUGAAGUUUAGGCCUUUCUACAAUUAUAAAUGCUUGCGAAGCUUCCUGCCCAUUACUUCUAGGGGGUGGUCACACAAGUACUUAUCCAUCAAGGUGGUUGAUGAUCUGCUACCACUAUUCAAAAGGUUACGCGUGUUAUCGCUAUCAAAGUAUACAAACAUCACUAAGUUACCAGAUUCAAUUGGCAAUUUAGUGCAGUUGCGGUAUCUAGAUCUUUCAUACACUAAAAUCAAAUGUUUGCCUGAUACAGUAUGUAACCUUUACAAUUUGCAAACUUUGAAUUUAUUAUGUUGCUACAAUCUCACUGAAUUGCCAGUGCAUAUGGGAAAUUUAAUCAGUUUACGUCACCUUGAUAUAAGUGGGACUUACUUAAAAGAGUUGCCUAUGGAAAUUGGUGGACUAGAAAACCUCCAAACUUUGACUGUUUUUUUAGUGGGAAAGCGACAUGAAGGGUUAAGUAUCAAAGAGCUAGAGAAAUUCCCAAACCUACAAGGAAAGUUUACCAUAAAAAACCUACACAAUGAUGUUGAUGCAAAAGAGGCAGAAGAAGCCAACCUGAAAAACAAAGAGAAAAUUGAGAAGUUAGAGUUGACAUGGGGAAAACAAAGUGAAGAUUCACUACAAGUGAAAGUUGUGCUUGAAAUGUUGCAACCACCAAUAAGCUUGAAGAGGCUAAAAAUUAACUUGUACGGUGGGACAAGUUUUCCGAAUUGGUUGGGAAAUUCUUCGUUUUCUAACAUGGUGUCCCUUGAAAUUUGUAAUUGUAAAUAUUGCAUGACACUUCCACCGCUAGGUCAACUACCUUCUCUCAAGAAGCUGAGUAUAUCGAAUUUGUCGUUAUUGGAGACAAUUGGCCCAGAGUUCUAUUGUGUUGAGGAAGGAGAAUGUUCCAAUUCUACCUUCCAACCAUUUCCUUCCCUUGAGCAUAUGAAAUUUUACAACAUGCCAAAUUGGAAGGAUUGGAUUUCCUUUGAAAGCAUAAAUUUUGCAUUUCCAAAACUUAGAACUAUGGUGUUACAUAAUUGUCCUGAACUAAGGGGAGAUUUGCCUAGCCACCUUUCAUGCAUGGAAGAAAUUGAAACAGGAGGUUGUUAUAAGAUACUGGAAACACCCCGUACUUUGAAUUGGCUAUCGACAAUCAAAAGAGUAAUAAUUAGAGAAGAUACUGAUGCUCAACAUGCAGCUGCAGAAAGUUACCCAAUGUUUAUACCUAAAACGUUCAUGAGUAGUAUUUGUCUUACUCAUUUGGAACUCAGAAAUAUUGAAUCUCUCACUGCAUUUCCCACAAAUGGUCUACCCACUUCAUUGCAGUCGCUUCGUAUUCACAUGUGUGAGAAGUUAUCCUUCAUGCCUUUCGAAACAUUUCAAAAUUACACGUCACUCGUGAGUCUUGCUAUCUGGCAUAGCUGUGACUCACUUACAUCAUUUCCACUUGAUGGUUUCCCCGCGCUCCAAACACUUUCCAUUAAAGAUUGCAGGAGUAUGAAUUCCAUUUAUAUUUCCGAAAGUCCUUCACGUCGGCCGUCAGCCCUCCAAUCACUUGCCAUCAGAUCAAUUGAAACACUUAAAGUCAAUCUUCGGUUGGACACGCUCACCAAUCUUGAACAUUUGUAUUUUCGGUGUUCUGGAAAGUUGUCAUUUUGUGAAGGAGUUUGUCUACCCUCCAAAUUACAAUCAAUUGAGAUUUCUUUUAAAGGAACAAAUCUGCAUGUAAAGGAAUGGGGUCUCCAAGACCUAACCGCUCUUUCAAGAUUGACAAUUCAAGAAAAGGGUGAAAUGGAAAACACCUUGACGAUGGAAUCGUUGCUCCCCAUCUCCCUUGUGUCUCUCACUGUCAGUAAUAUGUCCUUUGGGCUUCGACACCUCUCGUCUCUCCAACAUCUCCGAUUCAACCAUCUCAAGUCAUUGCCAGAAAAUUGUCUCCCUUCCUCGCUGAAAUCACUUGGAUUUAGUGACUGUCAACAUCUCAAGUCAUUGCCAGAAAAAUGCCUUCCUUCCUCGCUGAAUUCACUUAAACUUGGGUAUUGUGAACACUUAGAGUCAUUACCGGAAGACAGCUUACCUGCCUCUCUUAAGAAACUGACCAUCACAGGUUGCCCAUUGUUAGAAGAAAGGUAUAAAAGGAAGGAAAAUUGGUCCAAAAUUGCUCACAUUCCUUUCAUAAAAAUAAAUGACCAAGUCACAAUAUGA